ACUCACUGACGUUUGGGCCACUCACUGUUUUAAACACAGCUUACUUGGCUGUGUAUCCCCCGACCUUCAAACUACUUCAACUUCAUUUCAAAUUGUUGAUCAGUGAUCCAUUUUUGAGAAAACCUUUUGUAAGAGAAGUUCAUUCAGAGGAAAGCAACUGUGUUUUACUUCAAGGAAGUAGCAACUGAGAUGGCACCUUUGAUGUUUAAAGAUGCUUUUUGGGGGUCUGAUUUUACCUGUCACACCGGGUAUGACAUUGUGAUCCAGAGAUUACGAGAUGGAAGGCAAGUGUGCAAAGAUAUGGAGGAGCUUUUAAAGAUGAGGGCACUGGCAGAAGAGAAGUAUGGGAAGGAACUGGUGAUUAUUGCUCGAAAAGCUGGAGGACACACAGAGAUCGGCACCUUGAGAGCAUCCUUUGACCAAUUAAAAACACAAAUCGAGACUAUUGGGAACUUUCACAUCCAACUAUCUGAUAUAUUGAAAGAGGAGGUGAAAAAGAUUGAGACAUUCAGAGAACGGCAGAAAGAGCAGAGGAAGAAGUUUGAAAGCAUCAUGGAAAAGGUUCAAAAGAAAAAGGUUUCUUUGUUCAAGAAGACCAUGGAGUCUAAGAAGAACUAUGAGCUGAGAUGCAAGGAGGCAGAUGAGGCAGAGCAGGGGGCUGAGAAGGCUACCAUAGCAUCUAAAAACUCAGACAAGGUACGUCACAGGGCCAAGCAUUGCAGACAGACAGCCAAUGAAGCAGAAAAGCUGUACUUCACCAACGUUGUUCAGCUAGAAAGUGUUCGCCAGGACUGGGAAGAAACACACAGAAGCACGUGUGAGAUCUUCCAACAACUGGAGGGAGAUCGCAUCAACUUUCUUAGGUGUGCUCUCUGGGAUCACUGCAAUCAUUUCUCCACACAGUGUGUCAAAAAUGAUGAGUCUUAUGAGGAGGUGAGGAAGCUUCUGGAGCAGUGUGACAUUGCGCAAGAUAACAACAGUUUCAUACAGAUGAAAGGCACAGGAUCGAAUCCACCAGAGCCUGUAGUGUUUGAAUGCUAUUACCAGUCAGAGAUGUCUGGGGACAGCAAUGGCCGAGCUCUUUUCGCAGAAGGAGGCAAAGACAUGAUGAAGAGGUGCUCUGACUACCUUCUCGGAAGCUCUACAAACAUCAGUAUUGACAAUCCUCAAAACUCUCAGUCAGCUCUGCCAUCUGUUGGCGAGUUUGAGAUUUCAGAUGGAGGAUAUGCACCCCUACCAGGCCUCCAGCAGGAGGCAUCAUUGGCCACACAUCCAGCUGAUGAAGACAGAUACCUGGUGCUUUAUUCGUACACUGCACGGGAAGAGGAUGAACUGUCUGUGACCAGAGGGGAUGUGGUCCGAGUGUUGGAUCGAGGAGACGAUGGCUGGUGGACAGUGGAGGGGAACGGGGCAACCGGACUGGUGCCGGGAAACUAUCUGGGCAAAGUCUGACCACAUACACAAAUACCAAACUACGCACAAAUACAUAUAAACAAAUGACAUAUAGCCACAUGCCAAAAAACAUACCUGUCAAUAUGCUUAAAAAUACUGUCAAAUUUACAAAGCCACAUACAUGAACAUACACACAUGCACCACAUCAUUUAUAAAUUUACAUUAACAUACACUUCGUUUCCAGGCUUUCUACAUUAAUGCUCUAUACAAUCUUAGCUGAUCUCCAAAUUGUUUUCUGGAUUUUCUGAACUUGUACUAAAGAUCUGGCAUCAUUUAGUAGGUAGUAGGUUGUUGAAAUGUGCAGUGGAAUUAUUAUUUAUUAAUGAUGAAUAAGUCAGUUUGUUGUUUAUAGUUGUUUGCUACCUCGUGAUGAUUCAUUGCUCCCUAUGCUUUUCCCUAUGCUAUGCAGUAUGUCAUAUCUUCUUUGUAUUUUUUUUUUUUUUUAGCAUUUUGCCUUUAUUUGACAGUCACUGUGAGCAAAUAUGAAUGAACCACCAAGAGAAUGUAUCAGUUGUUAAUAGUAGAACAAGUAGCAUUGCAAGCUAGGCUCUGCAUCUCAACAAUAACUGAUCUCUGAUCAGUUAUCAUCAGCUCACCAUGCAGUUUACUAUACGUUUCAUUGCAUUGACAGAAAUAACCUAUUUAUUGGUAAGAGAAUAGAGCAGUACAUAAGAUAUGUUAAGUCAUGAGUUACUAUUUAAUUAAGGUAAAGGCAGAGAAAGAUAUUCAAACUCAAUAGCAAAACAAACUCACCCCUCCCUUCAGGGCUCCUUCAGAAGCUCCGCCCCUCCAAACUCCCAGCCGCGCAUCGCCAUGGAAACCCAAACGAACUCAUGGAUGUAUUAUUCCCAUGGAUGUGUGCGUCCACUUUUUCACGCCUAAUAUGAAAAGUCAUCAAUGGAACGAUGUGUACACAAACACCACAACAUCCACAACACAACAGAGUAAAACCUAACAAGUGUUUAACAGAGCUACAGGAACUCAAGACAGGCCUGUAGAAUUGUAGGUUAGCUAACAAGGAAGGUAACUUCACCUGGCCUAGCAUUUCAAAUUACAUCAAUCCCACUGUGCUCGCAAACUUUUGUUUUCACUAAAAGCCUUUGCAGACGUCGUAAGGACAUAUAUCAACAAUAAAUAACAAUACAGAGCGAACCAUGACGGAGCGCAUGUCUCGUCGUUGUGUGUUAGAUUAGCAAAGCUAACAUGCAGGACUGACGGGACGGUUUUAGAGCUAGCACAAAAGUUGUAGACGGCGAUACACAUAACUCUCCCCCUAAUCUAACACUGCACCAAGAACAAAGAGGAUAAAACAACACUGGUCUACUGGCUUUAUGAAACACAGCUACUGUUACCGACCUGUCAAGCAGAAACAAACCAACUUCCGCGUUUGUUCUGGGGCCUUUCAGUUCCCGGAGAUCCCUCCACCGGUAGAAAGCUGUACCAAUAUUGACCGAUCCACUUUAUUUCUAUCCUAAUUCUACUGCCAGAACCGUGAAGAAACACUGGAUGUUUUUUUCAGCACACACACAGAAGGAACAGCUAGUGGACUAUGAGGAGAUAUUCCGUGAAUUUUAAUAUAAAUACAUUAGAUUAUAAUUGCUAAACCAAACUUUAAGUGCACAUGGUGAUGAGUACCUGUCUCUUCCAGAGAUCAUGUAGAAAUAGCGUCUGCAGCAAAAAAUUUAUAGGGCGUUUUAAUUAAUUGUACAUCUGUGUGUAAGAAUGAUCCAGCAGUAGACUGAGCUGGUCUGCAUUUGUCUCUCAGGUUCUAUAUCUAGAUUUUUUGUUUGUUUGUUUUUUUUUUUUUUUUUUUUUUUGAGAUGGGGAAGUUAGAUGGUCAUGUAAUGUAUGUAAUUAUAUAUCUGCUGUCUAUAAGAUAUUUUCUUAUGGGAUGGGAUGAUCAUCAGUUACAAAGGAGAUAAAGGAAAACAACUAUAUCAUUAUCUAUCUGUCAAUUGAUGGCACAGCUAAUUUUUUAACUAGAAACAUAUUUUUCAUGUGACUGAUGAAAUAUGAAAUCAUUACCUCUGUGUGUAUAGUUUAACUGGUAACAUAUUUACUUUCAUAUAAAACCAUGUGAAUAAAAUGGCUCUGAGGCAGUCAAGGUAAAA